AUGAGUGCUUCACGGCUGCUCAGCCCGAAAACGGGGAUACCGUCUUUAGCCAUUCUCGAUGACUACCUCUCCAUCUCGGCAUCUCACUUCAAUCACAUUCCACAAUCGUCAUUGAAAAUCAACACUUUUACAAAGCCUCUACCAUGGCAGACAGAAGAAGACCGCGCCCUCUUAGUCAAGCAACUCAAGCCUUUUACGGCCAUUUCCACCAUGCGGGAGCGCACAUCUUUCCCGGGCACCAUCCUCCGCGAGCUGCCAAACCUCAAGCUUCUCCUCUGUACAGGCACGCAGUUUCAAACCUUUGACCUCGCUACCGCAAAGGAAUUGGGAAUCACGGUCACAGCUGCGCCAGGGCGAGGAAGGACAGACGUCCCGCUCCCCGAGAAAACAAAAACGAGAAAUAUCAAGAAGGGGGGUGGCCAUCCAGCCACGCAUCACACUUGGGCUAUGAUUCUUGCUCUUGCUCGCAACGUGGCAGACGAUGAUACCACGAUCAAGGCUGGCGGCUGGCAAACAGGCAUGGCAAUUGGGCUCUCGGGGAAGACGCUGGGAAUUGUCGGCCUGGGGAGGUUGGGCGCCGCUGUUGCUAGGAUUGGGAUACUGGCAUUCGGCAUGAAGAUCGUAUGUUGGAGCGCCAAUCUCGACCAAGAAAAGGCGGACAGCAUGGCGGAAUCCUUGGGUUUGCCCAAAGAAGACGAGUUUGGCGAUAGAACCUUCCGAUGCGUCGAUAAGCAGGAGCUAUUCAAGACAGCAGAUAUCAUCAGCCUGCAUUACGUGUUAAGCGAGCGAUCGUACGGGAUUGUGAGCGCUCCCGAAUUCGCGCUAAUGAAACCGGAAUCAUUGUUGGUUAAUACGUCUCGUGGCCCGCUGGUUGAUGAAGAAGCAGCCCUCGAGGCUGCGACUCGCGGCAAGAUCAGAGGUUUGGCGUUGGAUGUAUUUGAUGUUGAGCCUCUGCCAGCCAACAGUCAGUGGCGGUCUAACAGCUGGGGGAAAGAACGAAGGAGCCGAGUAUUGCUCACACCGCACAUGGGAUAUGUAGAGGAGGGAAUUAUGAACACUUGGUAUGCAGAGACGGCUGAGAAUGUAGAGCGAUGGCUCCAGGGCAAGGAACUCCUCCACAGACUCGUGUAA